AUGAUGUCAUCUAAAAGUGAAUUAACAAAAACUAUUGAAAAUCAGCAAUCGCGAAUAACACGUCUUGAACAACGUUUGGGAGAUGUUGUUUCUGCUUAUAAAAAUUUACAAAAAGAAAAAGAAGCUCUCGAAUCUACUGUACGAGUCUUAUCAUCUACAACAUCAAAUGUAGAAAAAUCUAAUACAGAAACAGAAACAAAUUUAAAUACACAAGAAAAUACAGAAUCUGGUAAUGAAACAGAAACUACUCAUGCAGCAUCAAGUGAACAUUCAACAAUACAAGAUAAACUUCAAACACUACAACAAAAUGUUACUAUUAUUACCGAACAAAAAAAUCGUAUGGAACAAAUGUUUCAAUCAGACAAACGUAAACUUAAGACUGAAAAUGAAGAAUUAAAAAAAUUACUUGAAGAAACAAAAGCAGAAAAUAUUAUUAUUAAAGAAAAAUCUGAUCAUGAAAUUAAAGAGUUAAAAAAACAAUUGCGUCAAUCUCAACGUGAUCAUGAACGUGAAACAGCUGAUCAUAAUGUUAUGGUACGUGAAUUACAAACGAUUCUUUCAACUGAACGCAAUAAAUCGGAAACUAUGGAACAUCAAUAUGACGAAUGUCGAGCAAAAGUUGUUACAUUAGAAAGUCAAUAUGAUACAUUGAAAAAGCAAUAUAAUAAUUUAAAUACACAAUAUCAAACAAAAGUAAAUGAAUUAAAAGAAAAAGAUUCAGUCGAUGUUGAAGAAUUAAAGCGUUCAAAAGAAAAAGUUGUUGAAUUAACGACAAAAAUAAAAGAUUUAGAAGCUAAAUAUACUGAACAAUUACGUGUAGAAUCAAAACGUAAUCAACAAUUAGAAAAAAAAUUAACUGAUAAUACAACUGAAUAUGCUCAAAGAACGUCAACAAAUGAAACACAUAUUGCAGAAUUAUCUGAACAAAUUGGUGUUAUUGAAAAACAACGUGCACAAGAUCAAAUGGCUAUUCAACGUUUAAAAGAACGUAUAGCUCAACUUGAUGUUGAAAAUUCUCUCUUAACCAAAGCUUCAUCAGCAUCCAUCGAACAAGAUGAUAUUGGUGGAACAAAUGAUGAUAGUGAUAAUCAUCAUGAUCUAGAUACAUUAUUAAAACAUAUUUCUAAACUAAAAGUUUUAAUACGUGUUGCAAAUGAUCGUUUUGGGAAAUCUCUAACAAUUGAAGAUGUUCUUAAUAUUGAUCGUGAAAUAUCAUCUGGUGCAAUAAAUGGAUCAAAUUUAUCUUCAGAAAAUAAUAAAAUCUUGCAUAUUAAAUGUCAUGAAGAAAUCGAUCGACUUAAAGGUGAAUUAGAAAAUUAUCGAAAUAAAACUGUGGCAGCAUUUAAAGCAAAGGCAUUCAAGGAUACAAGUUCAACAAAAGAAAUCGAUGAUUUACGUAAUCAAAUUGAUCAAUUACGUGAAAAAUUAGUUAAUAGUCAAUCAUUAUAUAAUUCUGAAACUGAUCGACAUACCCAAGUAGUUGAAAAACUUGAAUCAUGUUUAACAGCUAUUCGUGAACAACAUCGUCAAGAGACUGAACAAAUUUUAACAAAAAAACGUGGUGAAUUAAAUGAACUUGAAUGUGAAUUAGAAAAACAACGUGAACGUACAGUACGUUUAUUAAAUGAAAAAGAUCGAGAAUUAGAAACAUUACGAAAACAAUUAGAUAAUUCUCCAAUAAUUGAUAAACAAGUAUCUCAUACAUCAUCAAUAUCCGAUUUAAAAGAAACUAAUGAACCAACAACAAUUAUGACGGAAUUAUUUCCUCAACAUCUUUCAACAUCAACAAAUGGUGGACCAAUAAGUCCAUUGAAUUCUGAUUAUAAUUAUCUUGUAUAUUUUAAUGAAAAACAACAAUUACUUGAACAAGAAUUAAGUGCAUUAAAAAAAGAACGUCGUGAAUUUGACUCAACAAUAAGAGAGUUACAACAAAAAUAUUCAUAUGAAAUAAGUCAACUGCAAAUUUCAAAUGAACAAUUAACUGAAGAUUUAGAACAUAUUAAAUUAAGUACGCAAAGAAAUGAAAAUUUAACAAAAAAUGAACAUAAUAUUGAUUACAUAAAAAAUGUUUUUUAUCAUUAUUUACUUUCUAAUGAUACACAAGUUAAACAUACAAUGGCGAACGCUUUAAUGACAAUUUUACAUUUUUCAUCAAAAGAAAAAGCGAAAAUUGAAAAUCAAAAACCUAAUAAUAGUUUAGCAACUGGUGGUGGUUGGUUUAAUACAAAAUAG